AUGGCCAACACUCAGCGCAGCAAUACCAUUCUUCCCAAGGUGGGCCAGCGGUUUGGUCCCUACCAGGUCGGUGAAACCAUCGGCCGUGGCACUUUUGCCAAAGUAAAGAUCGGAUACCAUGAAACAACGAAGGUCCGUGUAGCGCUCAAAAUUAUCUCACGCAAGCUGAUGGACAGCGAUGCGCGUUCGGCGCUGAAGAUCAAGCGCGAAAUCAAGAUCAUGCGAGUGCUGCGCCACCCGCACAUCACUCGCCUCUACGAUGUCGUCAAGACGAAGCACGAUAUUGUGCUAGUCAUGGAGUAUGUGUCUGGCGGAGAGCUGUUCGACUAUAUUAGCCGCCAGGGUCGACUAGAGGAACCCACCGUGCGCACCCUAUUUCAGCAGCUGGCCGCCGCUGUCGCCUAUUGCCAUCGGUACCGGGUCACUCAUCGAGACAUCAAGCCGGAGAACAUCAUGAUGGAGCACGGCUCCCACAGUGUGAAGCUGAGUGACUUUGGCUUAUCCUCCAUCACGCAUGAUGGACGCUUCUUCGAGACGAGCUGCGGCACCCCCAACUACGCGUCCCCGGAGGUGGUAAGUGGGCGGCUGUACGGAGGCCCAGAGGCGGAUGUGUGGAGUUGCGGCGUUGUGCUCUACGCAAUGCUCUGCGGCACCCUGCCAUUCGACGAAAGCAACAUUUCUGUCCUUUUCAAGAAAAUUCAAACGGCAGACUAUGUCAUCCCUAGCUACAUCUCCCGGCAGGCGCAAGACCUGCUGCACCACUUGCUGGUCGUGAAUCCCCUGGAGCGCGCCACAAUGGAGCAGGUGAUGCAGCACCCCUGGCUGCGACCCAACUUUCCCCGCUAUCUGUUGUCACUGCACUACGCCGCGAUCGUGGAGACAACGCGUUUUGCAAGCACCUAUUAUCUCACGGAGGACAUGCUGGAUGUGGAGGUGAUCUCCGUCGUCGCUUCCCGCUUCCACGCCUCUCCGGAGACGGUGGCGUCGAUAAUUAUGGCGGAGGAGGAGCGCAUCCCGUCGAUGCGGGCCGUCAUUAGCGACGAAGACAACCCGAAUUCCAUGGCGCGUCGCUACCCCGCGGCCUACUACUUUGAGAUGUACUCAAAUGUGUUGGACUCGAAGCUGUGGCCGACACCAGUGGAGAUUGCCGCCGCCGAAGUGGCCCUGCGCAGCGAGGCCCACGACAUCUUUGUGUCGUAUGUCAUUCUAACACAGAAAAAGCAGAGCAAGUUGGCCCCGCAAGAGCACGGCACAAAUGCGUCGUUUGGAGAGAGCGCCCACACCCUCCUUCAGUCGCAGGCUCAGCAAGGGUACGGCUCCCUCAACGCCAACUCGCUGCAUCAGCGCUCCGGGAACGCAAGCUUCACCGGCCUCAGCUUCAAGGAGACAUCUUGGAGGUUGAACGCGCAUACCACCGUGCCGCCCACGCCAACGAAGCCGAAACACCAUAACGAGAAGACGCUUCAGCAUCUACCACCGCCGCCGCCACAGUCUACCAUGAGCUCGUGCCUUUUGGUACCUCCCGCUGGAGACCCUUGGCAGUCGGGGUACAACGCCGUCGCGGCGCCGUUUCUUCCCCUCCAUGCAAAAGGCUCGACCCAUACCGUGCUAGGACACAUCCUACAUGUGCAAGAGCUCCCGGUGCAGUUACUCCUGUCUCGCAGAAUUACAGUGAAGCCAGUAAAGAGGGAAACGUCUUUUUCGCUUUCCUCGUCUCCAAUGCAUCAGAAACGAAGUUCGGGCUUUGACUGUGUCAGCGACCCCGGUAGUGCGUCAACCUCGAUGCUAACCGUUCAGCAAGGGAAUCUACUGCAGCCGCAGCGAACCCACACGACGAGGGCGUCCUCAUGUACACCGAAACUCUUGCACCCGCAAUCAAAAAUGGAGGCGGGUCUUAGCUGCUCCCAUUCGCAGAGCUACAACGAUAGCCCACUGAGGGGCAACGGCGCCGACAUGCGCCACAAACUGGCCGUCGCAGGCGGUGAGACGGCGCUGGACACGUUGUACCAUGCAGAGACGGUCACGCGCUUCGGCAACGACUUCAUCCGCAAUGGCGUUGCAUUUGUAAACUCCACCAGUCACGAGACACUGAGAGAGGUGUACGAGGCCAUGAAGGAGGAGGGGUUACUCUGGAAGGUCAUCUAUGAUUAUUACUUCUCCGUCGUGCGCUAUCCAAACAUCAAGCUACAGGUAAAGGUGUACCGGACAACGUUGGACGAGCAACUGGUGGAUGUCAAGGUAUCCACACAGAGCGGGAUGGCCGCCUACGACGUGGCGUUGUCGUUGCUAGAGCGGCUGCGCACCCGCGCGGUGAACAGGUGCAAUGCGCAGAUUCUUCAAAACGGCGGCAGCUCCCAGAAGAGCCACAUGCCGAGCAUAACGUGA